AUGGUGCUAAGGGCGCAGCCUCCCUACCCUACCACCCCUUCCGAAGACCAUCUCCCCGCGCUUCCCUUGACACCUCCCCCAAAUGCCCCCCACGCGCCACAUGUAAACACAUCGCCAGCAUUCCAUCUCAAAACACCAGAGGAUGCAGAUCUUCUGCCGCCACGAGCACAAGACGUCGACUCGGAUUUGAGUGACGAUGAAUGGGACCGGUCAUCAGACGAAGACGACUUCGAAACAGUGAACCCACGCGACGUGCCAGAUGCCUUGAAGCCCGCCGGGGGGAAAGCGCCAUCACCCACGCCUAUCGACAAGAAUAGCCUGCCGGAUGCUUUGAGGGUAGGACCGCCUGCGGGAAUACCGAUCAAACGAUCCACGGAAAACAUCUCGCCCAUGCCCACGGGCACAACGGCUGCAUCCUAUGGCGCCAGAAGUACCGUCUCAGAGCAGUCCAACGGCUCCAUACCCCUACAAACGAAUAAUCCCUACCUCAAGAUACAGACGACAGGCCAGAGCAACUGGGGUGGCGAGAGCAGCGAGGCUAUAUGGGGACACCCGCAGGACCACAGCAGUCACAAGAGCGCGACCCCGGUAGAGCUGCCAGCAUACCAGACGCCCGUCAUACCCACCCAGGCUAUGCAAAAUCUUCAUGUCAACAGUCACGUACCACCGGCGCAAAGCUCCAAGUCACCUGAGCAGCCGCCGCUAAUUGCAGUCGACUCGGCCACACCUCAGUCUACCCCAUUCAAAGACUCCUUCAAUGCCAACCCUUGGGCGGCUGACACAGAAGUCUCCUCGUCCAUACCCCCUUCAAGCGUCUUUGACCUACCUGAUGAUGGAUCGCACCAGCCAGGUCAGACUACAUGGUCAGAACAGCAGGAUGGGACCAGAAUGGAACAGUCACAAGCCCGAACUGAAUCGAAUACCGCUCAUGAUCAAAAUGUGGUCCCCACUUCCCAAGGAGCUCUACCACAGCAAACCGCAUCACCACAUGUUAACACACAACCUCCCGCAAUGGUACCGCAGGCAGCGCUCUUGCCCGCGGAGGAACGACCACCAGCGUUGCCCCCCAGGAGAUCACAUGAGGAAUUCCCACCUACGAUGCCCCCACGACCAAUCGAUACCGGAGCUAAUUCUUCGAUUGCACUAGGACCCGAAUCGCCCAACACAAUGAUGAACAGACAGAAGAAAGAGCACUACCAGAUCAAGCACAUACGUUGGCACGACUACAACAAGCAAGGUCUUCGUACAUCACCAAUCCUCACACAGAACCUGAAUGGACCGUGUCCGUUGCUCGCUCUAGUCAAUGCGCUCGUGCUUUCAACGCCGCCCGGGAUCGAGACUGCGCUGAUUGAGACGCUGCGGACACGUGAAACCGUCAGUCUGGGUUUAUUACUCGAUGCUGUUUUCGACGAACUCAUGUCAGGGCGGCGAGGGAAUGCUGCACAAACAUUACCAGACGUCAGUGAGCUGUACAAGUUUCUCCUUGCUCUACACACUGGUCUCAACGUCAAUCCCCUAUUCGUUCCGGAUUCACAAGAUGUUAGCCAUUCUACAAUGUUAACCAACAAAGCGGGUGGCUUUGAGGACACUGAAGAUAUGAAGCUGUAUCGCACAUUCGACAUUCCACUAAUGCACGGCUGGCUGCCGGAAGCAGGCACCGAGGCAUAUGCCGCGUUCGAUCGAGUUGCUAAAUCAUAUGAGACUUCGCAAUACGUGCAGUUCCAAGAAGAGGAGCUUGAUGCGAAGCUCCAAUCAGGCGAAGCGCUCAGCGAAGAGGAACAGCAAAUGUUUACCGAUAUCCACGCAAUCAAGGAAUUCCUCAACCGAUGGCCCACACAGCUUACCGAUCAUGGCUUGAAAGUCAUCCGGGAGAAUCUACAACCUGGCCAAGUCGCCAUCCUGUUCAGAAACGAUCAUUUCUCGACACUGCUCAAAGAUCCCCGCACUGAUCAACUCGUCACUCUAGUCACUGACCAAGGCUACUCUUCGCACGACGAGAUUGUAUGGGAAUCGCUGGUUGAUGUCAAUGGUCAAGGCAGCCAACUCUUCUCGGGCGAUUUUCGCUCCGUGGACAAUAGCGGGUCUGCCGGAGUUCAACAGCAAUCCCAGAACAGCGACACAAACGACAGUCAAGGCUGGACCACUCAGAGCCGAACAGGAAGAUCACGACCUCGCCCUAGCCCUACAACUCCAGGAAGAGGAAGAGGACCGCGAACGCCGCGAAGCGGAACAACGCCAACGCGCAAAUACAGCCCCAUCCUCACCCAGGCCCAGCCGCGGCGACCAGGCACCGGUCAUCCCUCCUCGCCGCAACAAUGUCACACAUCGUCCUGCCGGAGAAGCAGCACCGCCUCCGACGUACGAAGAAGCAUCUCACACACCACGAUAUAA